AGCAUUUAGGGAGAAAAACAUUAUGAUAAACAGAAUUGUGUUAACAUCAAUAUGGUUCUUAAUGGUGACUGUUUUGUUAAUUGUUUGCCCGCCUGUCAACAGCAUAUCUCCGGAUGACAUAGAAACGACAAUUAAAGGUCUUGAAGCCGGCAGAAGUAUAGCCGAAGUUCUUGAAAAGAAGGAGUUUGCUGAUGUUUUAAGAAAGAUCGGAGUAAAUGUUGGUCCUUACCUUAGUGCAAUAGGUCCCUUCAUAGGUUUCGUAUCCGCAUUGUUUCAAACUGAAUCCGCGGAGUUGGCUUACAUGAAAAAAAUUAUGAAAUAUAUUGACUCACGUUUUGAUGAAAUGGAUAAGCGAUUCGAUAGUAUCGAACAGAUGAUUAAGUGGAACGUCGUGCAAGUCAAUUUUGGUCAGAUUGAACAAAGGAUAAAGGCAAUGGCACGGGAAUAUAGGUAUCUGUAUAUUGUUCCACCUAUUGCUGUGGAAAAUAGAAAGAAAAUUUACAUUUCAAAUUAUGAAAGUGAUUAUCAGAAUAGCGGCACGAAAUUGUACCAAUCAAUUGUCGAUAAACAAGGUAUGUUUCAAGAAGAUCUGGGUACUUCUGUUUUGCGUUAUACUGACGGUGACCGCAAAAAGACAGAUUUAUUUCUUCGCGGAGUUAUGCAACUUCUCUUACAGUCUAUUAAAAUUGAAUUGGCCUACCUUUUUUCCUACAAAUAUGAUCAUAAUGCUAAUUUUAUGAAGUCGCAAUGGAUAAAUAGAACAGAGGAGGUUCGAACGAAGUUUAAACAAAUUGACGAACAGUGUAUAAAUGUAUAUUUCGCCAAAUCCAGUAAGGAUAUUGACAAAUUUUCCUCAAAAAACUAUGGCAAACCGAAUAAACAAUUUGCCACUGAACUUUACAAUCUACUUGCUGGUAAGUAUUACUGGAAGGAUUGGAUUGUUGUAUCCUAUAACCCCAUAUAUGGCCGUCGAUUGCAUAUGAUGCGUGUCACAGGAGGACAAACGCUAUUAAGAAAACAUGGAAGAAACCUGUUAGUUACAAGUGUUGACAAGAAUCAUCCGGUCAUGAAUUUAACAAGAGCUGAACAGAUAUUGGAAACUAAAGUAACCGUGCAAGGACGACAGGCAAAAGAUAUUUUUUUUUAUGUCGAUCACUCAGGGGCGUCAAAAGGAGCCUCAUUAGUUAGUAUCAUAAGCUGUUACUCUGGAGUAGCUUUUAGGGGUAACAUUAAAAGGCUUGUAAUCGAUGACAGAUGUCCAUAUGAUUGGAUAAUCAUGUGGGGUUGAAAGUUUAAGGCGUCAGAAAAUGUCAUGAAUUAUCGUUGUCAUCGAAUAUAAACCCUUUUCCAAGUUGCA